AUGGUUGAAGAUCCCAAAGAAUUAUGGGACUGCCUUAAUGAAAGAUUUGGACACCACAAAAGGGUGCUCCUUCCUAAGACAUUAUUUGACUGGACAAAUUUACGGUUCCAGGAUUUCAAAUCUGUAAUAGAUUACAAUUCAACCAUACAUGAGAUAGUAUCUAUAUUGAGAUACUGUGAUCAUCCAGUCACCGAUGAACAAAUGAUUGAAAAAACACUCACUACCUUUCAUGCAAGCAACAUACUGUUGCAAGAACAAUAUCGUGAAAGAGGUUUUAAGAAAUUUAAUGAAUUAAUGAGUGUAUUGCUUGUUGCGGAACAAAAUAGCGACCUUUUGUUGAAAAAUCAUAAUCUCAGACCAACUGGGUCUUUGGCCACUCAUCAUGAGGCAAAUGCAACAAGUUCUUAUCCACUCGAGGCAAAUGCUGCACGAAGAGGUGGACGUGGAAAUUACAAUGGCCGUGGAAAAGGCCGUGGAAAUUAUCGCGUACGAGGCCGAGGACGUGGUAGAAACAAUUUUCAAAGAAACAGUAAUUUCAAAAAUUUUGAAAAACAGAAAGGACAGUCAUCUGGAAGCCACAAACAAACUCUUUCAAAAGGAAAAGACACAUGUUACAGAUGUGGCAUGACAGGACAUUGGGGACGUACUUGUCGUACGGCCAAACAUUUGGUAGACCUUUACCAGGCUUCUGUAAAAGGCAAAGAGAAAAAUGCAGAAGCAAAUUAUGUUAAUGAAGAAAAUGCUCCAUGUCCUACCCUUGAUGUGUCCGAUUUCUUCAUGGACAAUGCUGAAACUGGGAAUGAUUUCAUCUUUGGAGAAAAUAACAAUGCUUAA